GAAGCUGUCAACAGGAAGUAGUAUAUGCGAAGUGCAUGGUCGGAGCUUUGAACCACACUAUCACAGGUGGAGAUGUUCCGCCAUGCUCUGGGGAAGACUUUGGGAUUUGUGGGUUACACAAUCCAGUAUGGCUGCAUCGGACAUUGUGCCUUUGAAUACAUUGGAGAACUUGUGGUGUGCUCUGGCCCAUCCAUGGAACCCACUAUUGUCAACCAUGACGUUGUCUUCUCAGAACGAAUGAGUCGCCAUCUUUGUAAAAUACAAAAGGGUGAUAUAGUAAUUGCAAAGAGUCCAUUUGACCCAAAUAUGAACAUUUGUAAAAGGGUAAUUGGGUUGGAGGGUGACAAGAUCUGUACAAGUUCCCCAUCAGAUGUCUUCAAGACGCACACAUAUGUUCCAAAAGGCCAUGUCUGGCUCGAAGGGGAUAACCUUAGGAAUUCUACUGACUCAAGGAGCUAUGGCCCAAUUCCCUAUGCUCUCAUUCGAGGACGUGUUUGCUUAAAGCUCUGGCCGCCUCAUACGUUCGGGACCCUCAGCGAAAACCCAAACAUUAAAAAUAAGAAUGGCUCAAAUUGACUGUAUUUAUUUUGUAUAUAUUGUAUGCUUUGUUUUCAACCAUUUUUAAAUAAAUUUCAUAUUUAUUUAAAAUUCCAGUAUUUCA